AUGGCGGCGGGGGCCGGCGCGGCGGCCGGGGGCCGCAGCUUCUCCUUCAAGGUGGUGCUGCUCGGGGAGGGCUGCGUGGGGAAAACCUCCCUGGUGCUGCGUUACUGCGAGAACAAGUUCAACGACAAGCACAUCACCACCCUGCAGGCAUCUUUUCUUACAAAGAAGCUAAAUAUUGGUGGGAAAAGAGUAAACCUUGCAAUAUGGGAUACAGCUGGUCAAGAAAGAUUUCAUGCAUUGGGGCCGAUCUACUACAGGGAUUCUAAUGGCGCUAUUCUAGUAUAUGAUAUAACAGAUGAAGACUCUUUUCAAAAGGUAAAAAACUGGGUUAAGGAAUUACGAAAAAUGUUGGGAAACGAAAUCUGUUUAUGUAUAGUAGGUAACAAAAUAGACUUGGAAAAAGAGAGACAUGUUUCAGUGCAAGAAGCAGAAACGUAUGCUGAAUCUGUUGGAGCAAAACAUUAUCAUACUUCAGCUAAACAGAACAAAGGAAUUGAAGAACUGUUUCUUGACCUUUGUAAAAGAAUGAUAGAAACUGCUCAAGUGGAUGAAAGAGCAAGAGGCAAUGGUUCCAGUCAGUCAGGAAUAGCAAGGCGAGGUGUACAGAUUAUUGAUGAUGAGCCACAAGUACAGAGCAGUGGAGGGUGCUGUUCUUCUGGAUAACUAAAACUGUGCAUCACUGCCCUCUCAAUAUGGAGACUGCCAUAUUCCAAGUCACGCAUUCUUUACCAAUGGAGUAAUAGAAUUAACAGUAUUUAAAAAUAAUCACAUGUAACACUGCAGAGACCUUAAGUGCUAAACUAGUGGCAUCUGUGACCAGAGAAUUGGCAUUUUCUACAGUGGUUAACAAAGCAAUUACCAAUGGCCUUUUUACAUAUUUUUCUUUAAUGAGGAAUAAUAUGCAUGUAGAAAAGACCUACUUAAAGGCUUCAUUUAUAUUCUUUUAAAUCAGAUCAUUAUUUAAUAACUUAUAUACAUUGUUGUUGGAAUGGUAUACGUUUUUGCAGCUCUUUGUAUUUUGUGGUAGAUUGAAUUGUAUCACUUCUAAAAUGCAAAUUGAUUUUUUUUAAAUUAGCAGAUAUCUGAAGUAAUAUUUUUGCAGGGCCUCCACAAGCCUAUAACUGUCAACAACUUUGAUAUAUUCUGUCCAUCCUGUAUGCCAAGCUGGUAAAAUACAUUGUAAAUUACAUAUUAAAUAUUUUAUCUGCUUUUACAAUUGCAGGUGCAGAAAUAUGUACAUCAGUCUUGUCAGUGAUUGUGAAGUGAAUAAGUCAGUGAAAGAUGCAAGUUUUUCAUGUGUACUGUUGAAUUGCUCAUUCUAUUCCCCCUAUCUGAAAACAGCUGUUUUUGGUACAUUCAUAGCUACAGCUUUUUUUUAAGGCCUUUUCUGGCAAGCAGCAGUAUUUAGAGUAUACCCGUAGUGGGAAGAGAAUGCUUCCUUAGACUGCUGUUUAACAUUGAGGUGUUUGACUCCCAGCUAAAACAGUUGGCGCAUGCAUAUAUCUUGCCUCUGCAGUUACUUUGGCCUCUCAGAAUAUCCCCAGGAAGUCAAAGCAACUUUAGCCCUCAUCUGUCUGGUAGCCAGUAAACCAGAUGCAUGGGAAACUCUUAAGCUGGAUUAAUACAUUUGUGUCCCAAGACAGCAUUAUAAACUAUUAAUGAGCGUAACUUUACGCCUGUAUUGCAGGGCUUGAGUGAACAAAUGAAUUGGCAUUAACUAGAAUUGCUUCUGAUUUGGAGUGAUUAAAUGGAAGAUAUGAAACUUGCCAGGUUAAUUGUAACUUUGGGGAUACCAGGCAGAACUGAACUUACUCCUGACUUGCUCUUUCUCUUGUGAAGUGUUUUGAAGUCCGCUGAAGUUUUGGGAGGAGGGUUUUCAGAAAGUGUAUAAACUACUAUCACAAAGGAACAUAAAUGGUGGUAGCUGAAACUUCAAAAUGUUUUGUGCUCUGACUUUUUUUACUUAAGUUGUCAUGCUUGGAAAAACAGUAAAGGUGAUGUCUAUGACAAAAUAGAAUAUUCCUUGGCCUUCCUUUUUCUGAAGGGUAGAAUUCAGAUUGCAUAUGAAUGCAUUGAAUGGUGUGGGUAUGUUCUGAUGCACAAAAGGAGUAGUACUAACUAAUCAGUUUGACAUGCAAGAGAAGUGUGCUGUCUUCAGCCUGAUUUUUAUUUUCUCUGAAAUAAUAGAUGGCUUCGAUACA